AUGCAAAACCCACCAUCUUCCGCUCUCUUUUCAGAUGGUAGUCCUUUCGUAUCCGAUCUCCUAGAUCAGGUCCAAUUAAAUCUGAACGAACUCAAAAUUCGUUUUGAGAGCGUUAGCUCCACGGAAUCAUAUAUCGUUCAUCUGGAGAGGAACUUUCACGACCUCGAAAAUACAUCGAAAGUGCUUGAAAAGCGUAAUACAGCGCUGGAAAGACGCGUCAAGGAGCUGGAAAAACACUGUCGGAAGGUUAUACAGGAGCGAGACGACACCAAAAAGAAGCUGGGAUUAUAUCGUAGGGUGAUACACGACGCGUUUAAUAGCACGGACGAAGGACGGAGCUUCACAAGUGACGAGACCUGGGACCUUGAAACCCAUCGCCAGUCCGAGGGCAGCAACUGGGGUAUUUUAGGGGAGGCAGAAGAAGAAGCUCAUCAUUCCAACCCAGAGACUCGGAUCUACAAGCCUCCAGCUGAAGACCUCCAAUCUGAGCUGGAUGCUCUCGAAGUCGAAAACCAGCUACUUCCACCUCCUACAUCUGCCAGCGAGACGUCCAUUGCAACCGCACCAGUUCCUUUUGCAACACAAAGCAAAUCUCUCUUGCAAAAUGAGCCAUUGCGGGGUGGUCUCCUUCUCUCGAAUCGACGAAUUCGUAUCAAGCAUGAACCCGUUUCUUCUGAAGAAACGUCAUUGGUCGGCGACGUUGAGCGCAGGGGUUCAAGAGCUGUCGAUGCUCAAAUGGCGUCGACUACCGGAGUCUUUAGCCAAAACAGUGACGACAAUGGUAAUCAAUGUGAAUGGAGAAUACAGUUCAAUGAUCCACCGAAAGCCUCUCAUGUAGUCGCGGGACCCAUGUCUUGGCGGAAGAUGGAGGAAAAUGUUGGGUUGGAUGACAAUGUUGUGCGUGAUCUUCAAAAGCUCCUGGAUCCCUCAUCAUACAAGCUCGGCGUGGCAUUUAUGACGGAUAUGGCAUUUGUACAUGACCCGUUUUUCCUUGAAGAUUUAUCGGAAAACAAGUCGUACCUCAUUGAUUGGGGGGAUAAACGGGUCAACGAGAAGCUCGCACAACACAUUCAAAGGGCUGGGGAGUGUUGCAACAGUGUUUUCCACACGUUUGUGUACGUGGUCGGCCGAAGACGAUGGUACUAUGUUUCUGCCCUUCAAUGGACGGUUGGGAAGGUUUGGGAUGUAUGGCCAACCUUAACGCAGCCCGACAAAGAAGCGAUUGGGUUGCGACUUUGGAAUCGAAAUCAGUCUGGGCGACAAACCGACAUGAUUAUGGAGAAUCUAGAUUCAGGAGAAUUACAGCAAUUCUGUGUUGAACUUUCGGCAAGCGAACAUCUCAUCGAACUUUCACGAGAACGUACCGCAUCGAUGGGGCUUCGAGUCCGAAUCUGA